AUUUCUCUUUCCUCUUUACUUCUUCCAUUUUCCUUCUUCUUCCCUCGUCACUCUCCUCCCUUCUUUCCUUUUCUUUUGUUUUUUUUAGAAACCUUAGAGUGAUGGAAAGUUAGUGGGCGUGAGAGAAAAAGAGCAGGAGAGGAGACUUCUACCUCUCCAUAGUUGGGUUCUAAUUUGAGAGUUAGGGUUUCGAAAAGGGGUUUUCGUCUUACGUCUUGCAAUCUUGAGAAUUUUAGUGAAAAAAGAAAUUUCCGAUAAGGGAAGCUACUUUGCUUUUAAUAAUUGUAGUAAGAUGUUUGUAUUCUGUCAUUUGGUGUGUCUGUGAUUAUAUGAUUGUUAAUGGUGUGAAAUUUGGAAAAAUGAGUAAUUACCCUUUAUGAUGUGUUUUUGAAAAUUGUGAAUGUAUGAUUGUUGUAUUACUUAUAGUAUGAUGAAAUCAAGAUGUUGAUAUAAAAAUGUUAUUAUUGAUUGUUGAAAGAAUUGAGGAUUUGAUGUAUAAAUUGGAGAUUUAAAGUGAUGGGUGUUAGCAUGUCAAAUUUUGGAUUAGUGAGUUUAAAGGGAAUUCUACAGUUUGGUAAAGGUCUUUGGAUCUAUUAUAUUUGGUUUAAAUACUAAAAUAGUUAUAGUUUGAAGUUGAAAUUGAGAAGUAAAACUUGAGUGCAUUCUAUACCAUUUUAGAGUGAAAUUAGGGGUUUUGAGAGGUGAAUUUUAGAGGGAAUGAUGGUUUAAUAGCAGUAGCAGUUUGGGGACUAUUUUUGAUUUAUUUUAGACUUGUUGGAACUCUUAAAAUAGUAAAAUCUAAUCUAUAUUGGAGUAGAGGUCUUGUGAGGGUGUAUGUGCAUGGUUUUUAGUCAAAAAGAGGGUGUUGAGUAGUGAAAUUGUGAGGUAAUAGGUCUGCAUUGUUUUGGUAGGUUAAGGGUAUGCUAUCACACAUAUUAGGACUUGUCUAGAUGAUUAAACCAGUAAAAUCUGUUCUGAAAUUGAAAAUGGGUUCUAAGAGGUGAAAAUGAGAAGUAGGACUGCUGGGAGUAUUCUGUGGUUUUGGAGAGUCCUAACAAGUGCAAUUGGACUUGGUUAUGCAGGUUGCAAACUGGUUUGAGGGUUUUAAAGGAUAGAAAUGAAACUGGAUAGCUUGUCGGAGUGAAGAGGGAGUUUUCAAGUGUCAAAUUCAGUGACAACAAGAAGAUGGCACCUAGGUCUCAUCCUCCCCCACCCCCAAAUCUUGAUGCACCAGAUCUUUUGAGGAUGAUAGAAUCUGUCAUAGCAGCAAUGCAACAACAAAAUGACUCCUUGGUUCAACAGAACACAAUGGCCUUACAACAGUUGGAUGCUGCUAGGGUGUCAGUUGAGACAUCCCAAAGGAAAUAUAUGGAAUUGAUGAGCAGUGGCAAAAUUACAGCUGGACCAUCUUCUUCUUCUUCCACUCAGCCUCAAGAGUGGAGUCUUGAAAGUUUUCUGCAACACCACCCGACUAAGUUUAAUGGCAAAGUCAGUCCAGAUGAGGCAGAUCAGUGGUUCCGAGAUAUGGAGAGGAUUUAUAAUGCAAAGAGGUGCCCUGAGGAGAACAUGUUGGCCUACACUGAGUACUUGCUGACUGGUGAGGCUAGCCAUUGAUGGAGUAGCAUGAGAUCUUUGCUUGAGGGCAGUGGCACUCACAUUACCUGGGAGUUGUUCAAGAAAAAGUUUUACACUGAGUACUUUCCAGAUAGUGUGCGGUUUGCUAAGGAGGUUGAGUUUCUUCAGUUGGUGCAGGGUGGUAUGUCUGUUUCUGAGUAUACUGACAAAUUUAAACAUCUUAUCCGCUUUCACACUUUGACCAUGAAUGAGGAGUGGCUGUGUCGGAAGUUUGAAAAUGGUUUGAGGGGUGACAUCAAGUUGUUGGUUGCUGGAUUGUGUAUAAAGGAAUUUCCUGCAUUGGUUGAGAGAGCAAAAGUGCUUGAGAAGAUUAAGAAAGAGGUGGAAAGUCAACAGAGUCAUCCGUUGAGGGUUGGUGGGCCAUCUAGGUCCAAGAGCAAUUUUAAUGCUAGGAGGACACCUUACUCUCGGCCUCCUUCUCAUGGGUCUAGGGUAUUCUCCUCUCAGUUGCCAGUUCAGUCAGGCCAGUUUAGGCAGCAUGGGUCAGUGAGCUGUUUCCAUUGUGGAGGACCUCACCUUAGGUCGGCUUGUCCUCAAUUAGUGGGUUACAAGAGGUGUAACAAAUGCAAGAGGGAAGGACACUAUGAGAGGGAUUGCCCUAUGGCUAGGAGAGCCAGUUCACAAUCACACCAGGCGGGUAGAUCUCAACAGAGAGGAGGUGCCAGACCUCAGGCAGCAGGCCGUGUUUAUGCAUUUUCUGGGGCAGAGGCAACCAUUUCAGGUAACCUGAUCAUUAGUAGUUGUUUGUUGUUUGGUAGAUCGUGUUGUGUUUUGUUUGAUUUGGAGGCGACACAUUCUUUUGUGUCUGAGGCUUGUGUGGAUGAGUUAGGAUUGUUAGUGAGAGAGCUAUAAUUUGAUCUGGUAGUAUCUACUCCCACUUUUGGGUUGGUCGAGACAUCCACGAUGUGUGCUAGAUGUCCAAUGGUGGUAGAAGGUUGUAAAUUCAAAGUGAAUCUCAUUUGCUUACCUUUACAAGGUUUGGAGGUGAUCUUAGGGAUGGAUUGGCUAUCUGGCAAUCGUAUCCUUAUUGAUUGUGGCGAGAAGAAACUGUUGUUUCCUGAGGUAGAGGAGUUAGUGUUGCUGUCUUUGGGACAUGUGCGGCAGGAGUUGAUUGAUAGAUCUUGUUGUUUUCUGGUGUUAUCUCAUUUGGAGGUUGAUCAGUGUGGACAGAGCUUAGAUCACUUAGUUGUGAGUGAUUCCUUGACGUGUUUCUUGAGGAAGUGUCGGGGUUGCCUCCUAAGAGGAAGAUUGACUUUUCUAUUGAUCUGGUGCCAAGUGUAGGGCUAGUAUUCAUAACUCCUUAUAGGAUGGCUCCAACAGAAUUGGUGGAGUUAAAGAAACAAAUUGAAGAGUUACUUGAGAAACAGUUCAUUCGACCUAGUGUCUCGCUGUGGGGUUCACUAGUGUUGCUAGUAAAAAAGAAGGAUGAUGGCUCUAGGUUAUGUGCAGAUUACAGGCAGUUGAAUAAGUUGACCAUUAAGAACAAGUAUCCUUUACCCAAAAUAGAUGACUUGAUGGACCAGUUGCAUGAAGCUACUGUGUUCUCCAAGAUAGAUCUGAGGUCGGGCUACCAUUAGAUUUUAGUUAAGGCAGGUGAUGUGCAAAAUACUGCCUUCAGGCCUAGAUAUGGUCAUUAUGAGGAUGUGGUCAUGCCUUUUGGUUUUGGAGAGUCAUAGCAAGUACAAUUGGACUUGUUUAUGCAGGUUGCAAACUGGUUUGAGGGUUUUAAAGGAUAAUAAUGAAAUUGGAUAGCUGGUAAGAGUGAAGAGUGAGUUUUCAAGUGUCAAAUUGAGUGAUAGUAGGGUUCUAUAUGUUUUCUCAAGUUGUAGAGGGUCCUAGGGGCCUUUAGAAGUUGAAGGUAAGGUGUCCAAGUGGUUUUGCUACUGUCAUGGCGCUAGGUGCCAUUUUGCAGCAUUGCAACAUUUUGAGAGAGUUUUCAGGGUUCUGGAUGUCCGUUUUGGACGUUCUUUAUAUCAUUUUGGGGGGUUUUGGACCUUUCUAGAGCUGUUGGUGAGGGUUUCAGAGCUGUUAUCCUUACCUAAAUAUGAGUAUCAUUAUGCCAUGAAUAAAUCGUGCUAUUGGGUGAUUUUUGAUGACUUGUAAUUGUGUUUCUCUUUCUUUAAUGCAUGAUCAAUAGUCUCAAGUAUUGGUGUACUAUGUAAAUGUGAAUUAAUAUCAAUGGUUUCAAAGGUGUGGAAAAGAGUUCCAAGGAGGAACUUCUCAAUGGUGGUUUUAAGUAUUGUAAGUAUGAAUAUGGGAAGCUCAGUCUUGGAGUGCAUCUUGACAUUCUAAUGGUCACCCAUUCUUAAGUAGAGAAGGAUGAGACAUGUCAUGAGAAUAGCAGGAGGUCCUAGUUUAAGGGCUUUACCUUGGCGUAAGACGAGUGAUAAUGGACUAACCUUGUGUGGUAGCUUGGGAUGGACCAGCUGGUUCACCACAACAAGUACAUGAACUACCAUAGCUCAAUAUUCAUAAUAAUCUGGAUGGUCAAGUCAAAAGGGUCAUCAUGCAUAAAACGGGUUGUUUGGUUUGAUGUGUUAUAUGCUGUCGUGUGAAUGUUAACAUGUGUUUAUAUAUCAUUAAUUGUUGUAUUCUAGCUUACUCUUUUUCUUGUGUUUGUGCUUGUAUGUUCUUUGCUUCUUCUCUUCGUUAUUAUCUUCGGGUGGGUGUGAGUAGAGGAAGAUGAGAUCGUUUUGGAGCAGGUAUUGGAUGGAGAUGCUGCGGAUGCUUAGACUUCUUUUAAUUAUUCUUGUAGAUAGUUUUGAUCAUAGAUGGUUUGUAAAUAUAAAGUCAGUUUAUGGUUAUUAGAUAACUAUAAUAACUUUAUAUCUCUUUUUGUUGACUAAUGUAUAUAUUGAAUAUGUGAUGACUAUUAUAUAGUAUAAUGUUAUA